UCGCUUGAGCAACAAGCAAAAAAAAUGAAGUUCAGAUCCAUCAACAAAUUCCCACCAUGCAAUGUUGGCGACACAGUUAGAGUCAAACUACCAGAAGUAGACAGAAGUAAGGGUGAUCCACAGAAUGUACUCUUUGCGAUUGUGUCUAUAAGUGAUAAUCAAUAUUACGAACUCGGUAAUAAAAAUGGCACUCUUCAUCAACUUUAUUCCAGAAAUCAAUUCACUGUAUGCUCUGAACCAUUAAUAGAUAUUUUAGAAGUUUUAGCCACAAAAAAAUCUUUGCGUGAAAUAGCUAAUGAACAAUCUUUUUCCGGUGGUCAAGGUUUUAAGAAGUGUUUAUGUAAAACUACAUGCUUAACAAAUAAAUGUAAAUGCAAAUCCGGGGGAAUACUUUGUAAUUCUAAAUGUCAUCCAAACUCAAAUUGUUCUAAUAAAUAAUUGUAUUUCGCUUAAAAUAAAUAGUAAAUAGUAAAUAGUAAAAUUGUUCAAAUAUAUAAUUUAUAGUUUAAUCGUAAUAAUAAUAAAUAAUUUUUUUUUGAAUUAGUAUAAUUUGGUUUUUGCUACUAGAAAGACUUUGUAUAAUCUGUACCAUUUACCGAAGUUAUAAGUUUACGAUUAUAGUUAUACGAAUACAUUAUCCACAGCACACCGGAUAAUGUAUAAAUUGAUUGGAUACUACAUAUUUAAGGUGGAUAAUGUAUACAUUACACUGUUCGUAUGGAUGAGGUUCACAUUACCCGGGUAAUAUGUACACUAACCAUUUUUAUACUUUACCCGUAACA